AUGUUCCGGCAGUCAGCAACGAAGCUUUUCUCACCGCUACGAAGAAGAACAUUUCCCUCGUAUUCCUUCUGCUCGCAAGUACACGACGACCUCGGCAUCCGUUCAACGGGAACCAGCAUGGUAAAACCCUCAUCACCAACUCCGCGCCAUCUCGCCGAGUUCAAGCUCUCUCUCAUCGACAACUACGUCCCUCCACUCUACACCGCAUUCAUAUUCUUCUAUCCCGGCGGCGGCGGCGGCGGCGGAGGAGGAGAGGGAGUCCUGGGCGUCCUGAAAUCCUCACUCGCCCAGGCUCUCACGCGCUUCUACCCGCUGGCGGGGAGGCUGUCGAGGUCCGGCGGGCCCGAUUCGAUCCCCAUCAUCCGCUGCGACGACGAGGGCGUCCCGUUCGCCACGGCCGUCGCCGGUCCGUCCUCGAUGGACCGGCUUCUGAGCCGGCCGCCGGAGAUCGACGCGCUGCACCGCUUCCUCCCCUUCCGUCCCUGCCUGGUCGGCACGCCGGCCGGCCUGGAGUCCGCCCCGCAGCUGGCCGUCAAGGCCACCGUCUUCCCCUGCGGUGGGGUCGCCGUCGGGGUCUGCUUCCUGCACAAGAUCGGCGACGGGUACACUAUCUCAAGUUUCUUGAAGCUCUGGGCGGCCCUCGCCCGAGGAGGUGGAGACGAGCAAGAGGUCGGCGGCGGCGGCGCCGCGUACGCUCACGAUCGGGCCGCCGCGUCGCUCUUCCCCGCGCGUCACGAAGACGCGCUUCCUGCCGCGCGUGAUUUCAUCUACGAGGGAGGAGAAGGGGCGGAGACGGAGCGGACGACCGUGGCCAGGAGGUUCGUGUUCGACCGCGAAGCGGUUGCGAAGCUGAAGCUCGGAGCUCGGAGCGAGUGGGUCCCCAACCCGACCCGGUUCGAGGCCGUCUCCGGGUUGCUGUGGAAGUCCGCCGUCAGCGCGACCGCCACAGCAUUGGCUUUGGACGGCAAGGCCGGAUCGGUACCUGGAGGAGCCCCGCGAUUCUCCGACGCUGCAGCAGGUGGUGCGCAGCGUGAGGAGCUCGAUCGCGGAGCUCGACGGGUCCUUCAUGCAGAAGCUGGAAGCAGGCGGCGGGAGGGAAGAGUAUCGAGGAACGAAGCGACAAGGACGGAGAUGCUGGCGCGGGCAGGUCGAAGCGGGAGGAGCAAGGUGGCGUAUUUUGUGAUGUCGAGCACCUUUGGGAUGGACGUGUACGGUGUAGAUUUCGGGUGGGGGAAACCGGCCUGGGUCAGCCUGGCCGAGCUUCCGGAUGAGAUGAACAACGUAGUCGGCCUGAUCAACGGGCCGGAUGGGGCUGGAGUGGAGGCUUGGAUUUUCAUGCACGAACGUGAAUUGUCCAUACUGGAGGAGGAUCCUGAAAUCCUUGCAUACGCCAAGAAUAAUCCAAGUGUACUCUAA